AUGUUCUUUUUCUAUUCAGCUACUUUUGUCGAGGUUUGUGCCAUGUACGAGACACCCAUCACUUGCUACAACAAUACCAAGAUAUUCAUCCAGUCAGCUCUGUAUGGUCGAUCGAACAACUUCAGAUGUCUGAGUGGACAGGAAGUGUCGUCAUGCAAUACGUUGGUCGACGUGAGCUGGCGAGUGCUUCCGGUCUGUCAAGGGAAAUCAUCCUGUGUUGUUUCUGGCUCGUUUGACGGGUUAGGCUCGCCGUGUAUCAGCAGUUAUUUCAACAUCUCCUAUGACUGUAAAACACGUAAGUUACAAGGGUUGUUUCUUUGCUUUAAUUCCCGUCUUGAAGUGGAAAGUGUCGCGGCACUCUCCUGCCAUAAUUAAAAUGAAGUCACGCGCCCGUUCAGUCGCGCGGAUGUCUGUUAUCCACGAAUUAGGCGCUCUUUCAUUCGACCAUGUAAAUGGAAGAGGUUAGCAUCUAGCGUUUCGACCUCCUUUGGUUUCUUGAUCGCCUUACCUAAGUAACCAGGGUAACGUUUUAUUCCUUUGAUCAGCACAGGUGUUAGAUGAGUUUGUGAUUAUGUGACCCAGCGAAAGCCUUGUUAUAUUUUUGACUUGUCUUUGAUUGCUGGACUAUUUCAUGUUAAAUAUGAACAGGAGAGAUUCGUCUGUAGUGUGCUUGUUUCGGUUCGUUGCUCAAUUAAAGAAGGAAUUUGAUUUGUAAAUUUAAGACUACUCCGGGAUCGGGACUGCGGUGGAAGCUUUUUGAGGUUAAAUUAAGUAUAUUCUAAAUGGACGGGUAUUCUGUAAUCUAGCUUGAUAUCAGCAAUUUUUCAAUUUUUUUUCCACACAGUCAAUGAGGGGGAGUUUGCAGACAAUACAACUGGAAACCUUACCUGUCCAAAAGGACAAGUUAUUGUUCUUCACUACCUUGAAUGGCGAGGAAUAGAAUUUAUUUUAAAAAAUCGAACUGUAUCUAGCAAUAGCGCAAGUUUCAAUCACAGUUCGACAACAUCCGUCACGUCCAUGGCUACAAGUUUUCCUCACUCUAGCGUGACCUCUCAAGGAAUGUUGCCUCAUGGAAGUUUGGGAAUUUCUGCCACAAAUUCCAAUAUUAUUCGUAAUACGGCUACAAUAUUAACCAUUCAUCUGUCGUCUGAGGCAAUUGUGUCGACGAAUCUUCUACAGUCUUCGUUCUCGUUAUCGCAGUCACAAGUACCUACUUCAUCAACCUUAUCAACAUCAUCAUCCUCCUCCUCAUCGUCGUCAUUGUCGUCGUCGUUUUCAUCAUCAUCAUUAUCAUCAUUAUCACCAUCGUCAUCAUUAUCAUCAUUACCACCAUCAGCAGUGUCACAUUCUUCACCGCAGUUUCUAUCUUCUGUAUCGCAAAUAUUAUCAUCGUCAACGCUCUGGUUAUCGUCAGUAAAUUAUGAGUUUUACAAUGUGACAGAAGUACUUACACCAGUACGGGUACACCACACAAAAUUGAUGAAGUGCACGGGAACACGGAAAUGCUCGUUUGAUGUAUCGACUAACAAAUUUGGUGAUCCAUAUCCCGGAAAAAUUACACUGUUGCGAAUAUUUAUCACGCACAGCUGUCAGCUGGGUAAGGGUAUAUUAAAGGUUUGGUUAGCUCUCUACUGCGACCAAUAUUGCUUCCAUGAUCAUUUUGAUUUGUACUUAGCCUGCGUAGCAGGUGCUUGGAAUUAGUGUCUCCCUCGCGCGCGCCUGUUCUCUCUUUCGCCCACUAAGCGCCUGCCGCUUGGAAGUAGUGUCUCCCUCUACGCAGGCUAAUUUGUACUAAAUUUCGAGUAGGAAUAUUAAACGGUAUAGAUAUGAAUGAUAUGGCUUUUUCAGGGGGUGAAAUAUUGGAAUAACGAAAGCUUUCAAGAAGAAAACAUGAAGUUAGGAUCAUCCCACUUUCUGGGAGGUGUAGUUCUCGUUUAUAUGGUCCGUAUAUAGCAACAUCAAUAAAUAAAGAGAUAAGCAAACAAAUAAAUACUUCAUUAUCCUCUCUCCUUAAUUAUGGGGCUUUUCAUAGAUAAUGAAAAAAUAAUACAAAGAAAUGCAUCAUUAGUAGGAAGCGAACCAGCUGGCUUUUUCACAAGUGUGACCGAGGAUUUGAAUUCAGCUGUUCAAAACUCCAGCUAGUAGUCAGGGGGGACUUGAACUCGGGGCCUGCUGAAGUUCAGGCCUUCAAUCACUCGGGUACGCUGCUGUAAGAUAUCCAAGGCCUAGUGAGUUAUUUUGCUACUUCUGCCCCAUUAAGACACAAUCUCUGCGGAAAGUUACUCACUAUAAACGUGCUUUUAUUUGCAUAAACAGCGUUAGGUGGCUUUCUGCAGUGGGGAAGCUGGAGUUCCUGUCCUGACGUUUGUGGCAUUAGGUAUCAUCAAACAAGGAGAAGGGUUUGUGCCAACCCGCCCACACCCAGUGGAGGCGCAGACUGCUUUGCACCAACCUCAGAAACCCAGACAAACCCAUGCUAUAAACCAUGUUUAGGUAUGUUUUUACCGAUCUAAUGCAGGUUUUGUGAUCCUUUCAGACCUGGGCAGGCCCUCGAUUUAGUGCAUUGGUUUUCGUUAGCUUUACACAGUCAAAAACCUUUUUACACGGUUUAGACUUAAAUUUACAUUUAACUAGAAAUCUAAUAAGAAAUCUAUAAAGGUAUAUCCUGCGUGACUGAUUGAUUACUUUGCUGAAUUUAUAACGUGGAUUUGCUCUAUUGCAAUUGCCAAUAAGUUGCUUUAAAACAAGACGGCGCGCAUUUUGUCCAUUGCCCUGAACAGGGUAUGUAUUUUAGGAUUUUUUUUCCUAAACAAGGCCCGAGUUUUAAACCUUCAGCGGCUCACCUAUACCCAAAUAUUGGUCGAGUAACCCUCUGGGUAUAUCUACAAAUUGGUAACAAUUUUCUGUGGCUUAUCUCAUGAAUACUGUUAUGUAACUUGGGUGAUAACAUUCUUUAACUGGUAUAUUUUUCACUACCAUAUUAACCAAUACAUUGUCAAUAACUGACAUACCAUCUUUUGAGGCCCAAGUGAAUACUGUGACAGCGCCUUGUUUUCUUUUUCUUUUUAGAGCGCAAUUCAACAACCUGCGAGUUGAUGAAGGCCAAUUUGUCUUGCCCAAAUGAGACAUUCAUAAAUAUCAAUAGCAUAUUUUAUGGUCGAGAUCAAGACAUUUAUAACAACUGCAGUAUUGACAGCCCUCUCAAUGGAUCUUGUAUACCUUCGAAUGACAUGGCAGGUCAUAACAGUGCCCAGGUUUAUGAAAGAUGCCAGAUGAGAGGAGAUUGCACUGUAAUGGUCUCCAAUGAUACGUUUCGCGAUCCAUGCCCUGGAGUGAAGAAGGUUUUGAAAAUUCAAUAUUCCUGUAGCCCAAGUAAGCACUUGGCUCUAUAUUUUGCAUUAUUAGUUACUAUUGAUCCCCGGGAUUUGCUUACCGUUGGGGAGCUGUGUUUUUAUUUUGCUUUUUUUUUGCGGAUUUUACUUUUAAGCCUAGAAAUUAAAGGUAUUUCUCACAGGUAGUCAGAACUCGAAAAGCACCAUACAAGACUGGCGAAAUCAUCUCUCACCUCGACGCAUAAACCUUUGCAGGUCAUCUUCCCCGCAGUUUUCUCUAAGACGUUCCAGCCUGUUGACAGUUUCCCGUCGUAUGCCAUCCCUUUCAAGCUUUCUCUUCGUCAUGUACCUUACAAGAAACCCAGUUGAAAAUGGCCAUUUUUCUUUUUUGCAGUUUUUACAAGAACAUUCUGCGAUGAUGACAUAGCCCUUAUGAGCUGUCCUUCCGAUCAACAACUGGUGCUCCAUGAGCGCGCCUUCUAUGGUCGUAUGAAUCCCUCAGAAUUCUGCCCAACAACUAAUAAUAUAACCUGCACUUCUGAUGUUAGUCUCUACGAACUAGAUGGAUUUUGCUCUGGAACCACUUGUACCAUAUCUCCAGUGUCUUAUAGUACUCUAGGGAAGAAAGAGUGCAAAUAUAGUAGCAAUUAUCUCACGUUAUCGCAGAGUUGUCAGGGAAGUGAGUACUGGCCCGUUUAUACAUCAGUUGAGCUUUAACUUUAUACCUUACCUAGUUAUCAAACAAGAAGGCAAGGUUGUUAAGACUCAGUAUGUACUGUUUCAGCCCCAGCUUGUUUCUCUUGGCCGUUUUUCAGUUUGUUCUCUCAUCAGCCACCCCGGUUGAUUAAUUUUCCAUGACUCUCUUGGGCGCAUCUAGAUUUUUAUUUGGCAGAGGGCUAACCUUGAAGGAAAAGUCUGCAUUCAGUGUAAAAAGGGUUGUAUUUGGAAUGGCACGGACGGCUAGCAGAGGCUCUGUGAUAUGUGCCCUCCCUUCCCUCUUUGGCAACCCAUGAAAGUUUGACACUAGGGGUUGGCACAGCCAGAAGUUGGACAGACUUAACAGUUGGUGUGCGGCUGGCAGCUCCGUGUCAAAAGAAAGGAGGUUGGGAGAAGGGGCUUUUGACACUUUGAUUAGAGUUUUAAGUUACAAGGCAAUGCAAAGUCAAUGAAUUUUCUCUGUGGGAUAGCCAGUGAUGAGCGUCUUAGGUGGGAAGGUUGAGUUUUUGGUUGUUGGGCUUGGCUCAAAUCCAGUCAGAUAUAUAUAGUUAUAUAAAUAGCUUCGGAUUAAAUUGUCCAUUAGAGCAUUAUCCGUUAUGUUAUUAUUUAACAACUACCCUGCUUUUGAUUCCCUUUGUUUCCUAAGGGGAGUCAAUUUACACUGCUUGGGGCGAGUGGAGUGAAUGCGAAGCUUGUGGCCUUACUUCCCGUAGAAGGCGCUGGCGCGAUUGCAUCUCCCCUGGAAUUACCUACGAUACUCCAGACGCUUGCUGGUCCAGCGAUAAAAGGCAAGAAGAGGAAUGCUACAUUCCCUGUGCAGGUGGGUUUUUUUCUGCGUUUAGUAUUUCUUAAGGAAAUGUUCCAUUGCCGGGUUAUAUUGUAACGUCUUCGUACCCUCAGCCUGAAAAAGGAUUUUUAUACCUCGUGAAGCUGCAAACUUUUCUCGCAACAUUUGUGCUUUUUUGGCUGCAAGGAAAGUGGUCUGAAAUGGUAGUUCACGGUUAAAAUGUUCAUUGACUGUCUAAACCAUGUGUAUUUAGAAACGUUUUAGCUAUUCUUGCUCGUGUGUAUUGCACUGCAUAUCGUAACACCUUAUUCCAUAUUAUACCCUAUUAUUAAUUUCUGGGCGCUAUAGCAUGUGGCUUCAUUCUAUACCCUGCCAGACAUGUCAUUUUAUAUAAUUCCAGAUCAUACUAAGCUAAGCCUUUUUACACCCGAAUACUAUAACAUAACAUAUCACAUAAUACCACGCCAUGUCAUGCCAUGCCAUACCAUGCCAUACCAUGCCAUAACACUACCAUACCAUACCAUGCCACACUACACCAUACUUAUGCUUAACCAUAAGACGCCAUACAAUGCCAUUUUACCCAUGCAGUAAUAUACUGUACCAUGCCAAACAAUCGGACAUAUAUAGUAAAUUCCAUGUGCGUGAAGCGGCUGCCUGUACGUUCCACGGAUACUAAUUUAUAGAAAUGUUUCCAAUGACUUUUAGAGCAUAACUUGACUUUGAGAGAUGGAGAAAACAGUACAAUAGACUGUCCCAAGUACAACGGCUUCCAUACUGUGAUUGAGAUACGGUCGGUCAUCUACGGAAAUGUUAGUUGCCUAUCAAAAAACCAGAGCAAGGUAGAAGUGAUGAAACGUUGCCAAGGAAGAAACACGUGCCUUCUUGAAGCUUCUGAAGAAGCGUUUAACGAUUCGUGUCCGGGCAUCGAGAAAUUUCUAAACGUCACCUACAAAUGCCAAUCAAGUGAGUAGAAAAGUUGAUUGAUAGAGAAUCAACUUCGUUAAUGCAUAUUAAUAUCUAAGCCAAAUAGAAAAAGUUUUCUGUGUUUGCAUAGCCUGAUAUAAACACGAGUGGGUGCCGGGAGAAUUCAAGAAAUUUCGUCUCGCGUUUACAAAACUUUCAAAAUUUUGUAUGCGUAAUCAGUUCUUGUUUUGCAGAAAAAUAUGCUUUCUUGAAAAAGUCAAGUUAAACGAAAAAACUUUAUUGCAGCAAGUUUGUACAUUUCUUUUUGUGGUUGUGAGAUUAGAGGGUGUACAGCAAAUUAUGUUGACCUGUUUACAAUUCUCAUGGAAACCCACUUCUCGGCCAUUCAGAGCGAACUUACUGUGUAAGGUAUUUUCAAGAGCAUGAUGGAAACCAAGAAGUGAUCAACAUGAAAAUUUUGCGCAGCUUAUGUAUGUGUCGUCUUGUGUUUAAAAUUUGAUGUUAGCUAGUUAGCCAAAUGCCCUCGAUCAAGGCUUUUUAUCGUAGUUUUUCAGAUUUUUAUGCCUACAUAUUCUCAAUUCGUGUUAUUGUUGACAGGGUAUUUUGCAUGCGCUAAUAAGUUAAACAUGAUCAUUGUUCAAUUCAAGCCGAGUAAAUGAAAAAUAAACAAUUUUAAAAUGAUAAUCAUUAUCUAUUAUCUUUCUUUUAAUCCUAAGUUUAUAAAAUGGAGGUGACGGAAGGAUAUGGAUUGACACCUCGUAAUCUUCGUUGCUAUGACAACAUGGUCAUUGUCACGCACUUCGUCUCCUGGAGUAAAUCCGAUUGUGAAACUCAGCCAGAAUCUAUGCACGCUAUUCAAAGCAGAUGCGACGGCGAAGACUAUUGUUAUGUGCGAUAUACGAGGUCAGUUCUUGGGGAUCCUUGUCCUGACCUGUUCUGGAUGCGCUUUGUUAUGUAUUACAGCUGCCAGACAGGUAAGAUUAGUGUAGUCUACGUAGCCUGAGGUUUGCUUAGGAUAUGGAAGAAAAUGCGUACUCGGAGAACUCUAAAAAUGUGACAUUAUAAGUAACACACCCAGGCAGGGGCUUUUUCGCCCCUGAACACACCAAAUUUUAGGUAAGAUCACAUUUAUUUUGAAAACGUUACUGCUAAAUAGACCCCUUCCAUCAUGCAGUUUUGUUUUGGCCAAAAAUUUCCAAAGUAGCCAAAACUAUAUCCACCGUCUGUCCACUGGCUGGGAACUUUUGCCAGGCUGUUUAUGGUGCAGUUUACAGGUAUUGAAGUUAUGAGUAAUCAUGCCCCCUAUGAGGUUGAAUUUGAGAUAGACCACCACACAGGGGACUUCGUCCUAGUAUCGAACUAGGCAUGUUUUGGAUUCAAAUUUGUCAUUAUACUUUCCCUCUACAGCAAACGGAGGUCUGGAUACUGAGUGGUCGGCCUGGAGCAACUGUUCAGGAUGUGGCCAUGCACCAAUUAAAAGACGUGUCAAAACGUGUCUAAGUCCCGUUUCGAAAACCAGCGGAGCUCACUGUCCAUUGAUUCAACAAAUUGCUGCCUGUUACUUCCCAUGCCCAGGUUGGUUUCUUUCGUCAUUAAACAAUACAUUUAACAAACGAACAGUUAAUGAUCCUAGUACUUGAUGAUAUGAUGGUACUGAUAUUUAGAAUUUUUCAGUGUGUGUCUUGCCUGUAAACCUCUCUGGGUUAGGCGUUCUUUUUUGCGACCUACAAUCAUGGACAAACAACAUAAAGCGUUAGACGCAUGUAUCCAGAAUUAUUUCCGAGUUUCAACAUUGUGUAGGGUAGGGGGAGAAAGGACUGCAAGAUUAUUUCGAAAAGUUUUCUUUGUUUUUUCAGAGCGUCUGGCUCCAGUUGUUCAAAAGGUGGAUAGCACUAUCCACCGGAUAAAUCUCUAUCCUCUGGGUAGCUCAAUUGGCUCCCCUAAUAUUUAUCCACUGCUUUUGAACAACUGCGAUCUGGAAACUAGAGGAAAUUGUAAAUAGUGCAUCACUCUUCCAGUGAUGGAUUUUUUAUGAUAAUUUUUAUGUCUUUCCUGGAAGUUCAAACGUUUGUUUCUACUUGUUGAACCGUCAAAAAGUUUAACUUCGGUCCGUCGUCAAAGUGCAAUUCAGGCAGGCAAGUGUGUUAAGUACUUCAAGUUAUGAAAUUGUGAUUUCAAAGGACCAAAGAUUUGUUUAAAUUGGUGACUAUGAUUAGUAUAGCCCAAUAAGGAUAUAGACUAGUAUUGACUUGAUGUGAGGUUAUUGUCGUUUUAAGAAAUACCAGAUGAGGAUAGAAAUGGUAGGGAAAGCCAUCGCUUGGUCUCACACUAGUCAUUUAUUGACUUAAAAAAUAUCCUCUUUUAUUAGUUCAAGAGCUAUCAAUGAUGAUAAACAACUCUUUCGUCGUGUUGGGGCAAAUCCUGACCAUUGACUGGGAAUUAAAGUUUGGUACGAACGCGACUGCAGUUAUAGACUGGGGAGAUAACAGCGGCAAUGAAACUCUUUCUCGAUAUAUCUUGGCAAAUGCAACGACACCAUUUUUCCAAAGCAACAAGCACAAUUACUCCGCAGAAGGCGAUUAUGAAGUAAGGCUUUUCGUGUUUAAUUUCUUCAGUAACCAGACCAUCUCAAAAAUGGUUUACGUUCAAGCACUGCUCUCGGGACUAAAUUUUACUGUGCCUUCCGUUGUCGCAACGAACACAUCGUUUCAAGUCAAUGUAUCGCUUGAUGUUGUCUCACUUAGUCCACCCAACGUCACAAUCAAGUUUGGAGAUGGCUCAGCUGUAACUUCGACCAGGUUCAAGGCGAAUCAUUCAUAUUCUCAGGCUGGUGUGUUUGCUGUUAAUGUCAUAGUCGUGAACAAAGUGAACAUCUUAUCUUCAGUUUGUUGGAUUACAGUUCAGGACCCAAUAAAGAAUUUUAUGGUGGAUAGCGAUGUUUUCAAGUUUCCAUUAGGAAAUGAUGCACGCUUUCUUCUUUCUAUAACUGGCGGGUCAAAUGUUUCAGUAAACACUUCAUUUGAUGAAUGUGGACUUCCAUUUUUGAUUACCUCGCUCCACGGCCCGGAUCAGUUAACCAACUAUCUAACGAGUGCCUUUCACGCAGUUGGAACUUGUACUGCAAAGUUUUAUGCUGCAAAUGCCGUCAGCCGAGCCAACACCUCCGCCUUAGUCAUAAGUGAAAUUGCUAUCGAUGGGUUCAACGUAACUUUUGAGUGUCUGAGUCAGUAUCCAUCUUGUUUCCAAAAAGAUCUAGUCUUGUUUCAGCUGAAUGUUACUAAUGGAACCCAUCCUAAAUUUUGGCUUGACAUGGCUGAUGGCACCAUCAUCACUUCAUCAAACAAAAGUCUCGUCUACUCUUACACCUCACACGGAACUUUUCACAUUAAUAUAACAGCAUAUAACAAUGUUAGUAGCAUAAGCCUUCGUCGUGAAAUCAUCGUUGAGGAACUUGUGCCCGUACAAGGCGCUUAUCUAGACUGUAACAAGACCGUGAGGUUAUCCGACUUGACUGUAUGUAAUCUUGGCUUAGCCAAAGGAACGGCAUUUGGUUGCUUAUUGAGUAUGGGUGACGGGGGAGAUGACGAUAAAUAUUUUACAUAUGUUAAUCUUUCUUCCUCAGUUGUACAUAACUACACGUCAUAUGGUGAGUACACUGUCAGGUUUGCCUGUAACAACAAAAUAAGUGAAAACAGCGUCGAGUUUAUAACCAAGAAAUCUCGGCAGAGUUUGGAGAUUGAUAUAAGUCAUAAUGGCCCAGUCACGGCGAAUAAUGUAUUGACGUUAACCCUAAGAGCAAGUGAGACAAGGGUUUCGUCUUGCUUUGUUUUGGAUCUUGGAAAUGAUGAUGGGGUGUUGUUUGGAUCAUCGAACUGCAGCUUAGCCAAUACAACCGGUUUCGAACAAAUUUCUUCGUUUGUGUAUCCUUUGGUCUACUACAAUUAUACUUACACUGUUGCUGGAACUUAUAACAUUUCAUGGAUUGGCCAGAGUGGCAUCGAGAAUGCUUCCGUGCACACUACUGUGCGAAUAACAGAACUUCCUUGCAGCACGCCAAAAGUAUCCCUGCCUAAUAUUGCAGACAAUCCACUUCAAGCAACCGGGAUUUUCCGCUCUGUUCAAUUUAUCAUUCGUUCUCGAUACGAAAUAGACUGUGAGGGGGCAACCGGAGCAGUUCUUCAGUGGGAAAUCUUCAGAAACGAAACUGAUAAAGGACUUGUACUUCACGCAAGAAAUGAAACAAAAACAUCGAGCCUGAUAAUACAACCCAAUGUGUUAGAUUACGGCACGUACUGCAUUAAGCUAAAAUUUUUGUUGACUAACGCGUACGGACUUUUUGGAGCAGCUGAAGGCUACUUAAAAAUCGUUACUUCCGACCUCAUUAUAGAUAUGCAAGAAGGAUCCGCCAACAUGAGAAUGUUUUCCCAGCCAAUAACUAUCAACGCAACUGGUUCAAAGGAUCCUGACACAACCGAUCAGAGUGGUUUAGAAUUCAGCUGGUACUGCUAUAAUAUGAGUGACCGGUGGCUGGAAUUUAAUGACACGGAAUAUCCUUUGUCAACUCUGCAGAGUGUCCUUAAACAAGAAAAUACUUUACCCAAUGGCUGCUUCAGUGAAGACGGAAAUUUAACGAUGAAUGGAUCUUUUAUCGAUCUUCCACGGCAAAAUAUGUUACAAAAUGGAGUUUAUUUGGUCAUGCUAGUUUUAAAAACAGGAAACAGAGAAGCGAGGAAAGGAACCGUUGUUCAGAUUUCCCACGGGCAGAUUUCCCAUUUCCAUAUAAGGUAAUAGAUACGAAUUAUUAAUUUUUCAGCAUCGGGAGAUGCAACACGUUCGCUGUAGCAUCUGCAGUUGCGGUGCAUCAAAUUGAAACGGGAGAAAUAUCAACUUAAUCUGUUGACAUAUUUUUUAGAGUCGUAAUGAGUCGUCCGUACAAAAAGCUACGGGAUGUAAUUUUCCAACGCAAUUUUCUUGCAAGUAGCACUGUUCAAAGUGGAAUUAAAUGCGCUGAAUUUCAAAAGCGUUGUCUUUAAAUCCCACAUCUUUAAAUCUUUAUUAUGUUACAGGGUAAAUACUUACCAGAAUUUACUAAGAAAUGAAUGAAACACAUUAAUUAAAAAGCUAAAGAAUACUUACGGCAGUCAUGGUAAAAUAUACAGCCUGUUUGUAAAAAUUGCUAUAAAACGUUCUUCAUUGAGACUGGCUAGCUGACUACUUUAGCUUAAGAUAAAAACACUAUUACUUUUGCUUUGACAUUAAAACUAGCAAAUGGUUCCAAAUACCACACAGAUAAAGCUUGUCAAAGAAUAAACCGAUUAAAUUAUUGUCUAGAACCUGUUGUUGGCUUGUGUUCAGCCGCCCCUCACCUCAAACGAAAGUGGGCAGAGAGACGCCCGUGUCACGCUGCCGUAAAUUGUGUUCUUGAAUGAUUUGCAGAAAUUAUUUUUGUUUUUCCUCUGACAGGUUUAAGAGGUGUUCUUGUGCAGCACUUGCCUAGUUAUUCUCAGCCUUCAUAUAACUCGGCUAUAACGUGAAUGAGAACACAUGCAUCCGCAAUCGGUGCUGCAAACAUCAGUGAUUUCACUUCACAUGCUUAUUUCCAGAAAGCCGCAAAACGAGUGAGCAUGAAGUGUUUCGGUAAAAUGUCUGCAAACGCCCAGGUUUUCCUCAGGAAAGACUCUUUCAUCCAAUCACAACACCGGAAAUUUCUUACGUCACAGCAUUAACAUAACGGCCAAUCAGAGGCUUUCCCCGACAUUUCAGGGAAACCAGAACAAGGGGCACGACACAGACGUCUCUCUCCCCGAUUUUUUUUGAGGGAGGGGGCGGCUGUACACAGGCUACAGGUUGUGGGUUAUAUUCUUUUUGUAUUACAGGUGCGAAAUUAACUGUAAAUAUUUGGCCAUCACAAGUGAUGUCCUGUCAGUGAGCAGUCACUGCAUUUCUGGCCCUUGUAAGAAUACAACAUCUGAAUCGUAUUCUUGGCAACUGUUCUACAGAAAAGCUAACAUAACGGACAAUUUGAACUGGAAUAAAGUAGGCGACCUUGAGGCCUUGACAUUAUCGAACAAAUCCGCAAGAAGUCUGGUGGUAAAGGUUAACGCCUUAAAGCCAGAAAUGACGUAUGUCAUACAAAUGAGGCAUGGAUCAGAUGAUUUUGAAGGACUAUCAGAGUACAGCUUUACAACUAGUAGACCACCAUGGGGUGGAAACUGUUCUGUUCUUCCCUCAGAAGGAACAGCUUACGAUACCACGUUUACCUUUAGAUGUGCUGGCUGGAAGGCUGAUCAUCAGCCUCUUCACUACGUAUUCGCUUAUCAUGACCCAUUUACGCUUCUGAGGCCAAUCAUCUUCCGAGCCGAAGAAGAGGAGUUUUCAGUGAGACUUGCUCCAGGAGAACAAAAGGAGAACUUCCACUUACAAGUAUUUUUCAGUGUGAUAGAUUCGCUUGGAGCGCGGACAGAAAAUCAGACACAAAUCAAGGUAUUCUGUUUUUCCUUCAAAGGGUAUCCCUUCUUGGUAUGAUUACAAGGAUCAGUUUCCAUCCCAGGCUUAUUUGUGCUUUGUAUAUUUAUUUUUCAUCUAAGAACAAAGGACAGUCCAUGCAAAGUCAUAUUUUUAGUUUUUAGAGGUUUUAGGGUUGCAUUCAGUGUACCAAAUAGAGCCUUUUUGUCUUUUAAAACAUUAAUGUUGAAAACAGAUCCGUGAGAGGGGAAACGCAAAAGACGUUUUACACUCGAUCGUCUUGUACGAUAAUCUACGAUACGCAUCAAACAUUUAUCUUAACUCUAUUGUAGGUUCUUCCUCGUAACCUCACCCAGUCUGAACUUGAGGGUCUGUUUUUAAACGAUAAUAGCAAAAUUGAUUUCCUUCUUAACAUUGGAGACAUUAAUGCAGUUUCCGAAUUGGUCAGCGGCGUGCUCUCUAGCCUCCACCAGAAAGUAGAGCAAUAUGGAGGUAACCUGACAGACCAAGAGAGUGAAUUUCAAAGUCUGGUAAGUAUACUAAAAUUGAUGCUGAGAAAGUGCUUAAGUACACUCUUAGUUUCCAGAGUAUGUACCAAUUUUUUCCCCUAAACACAUUGUGCUUGUAUUUGUGAAAUCUGCGGUGCAGAAACAUCUAUAAGGGGAUUUACAUGUCAUGUUCAAACGACUAAAAUUUUUUGCUCCAACAGGAAAGUAGCUCUAAGUAUUUAAAUGGUUGUACAGCCCAUCUCUUGAACUUAAAUCACUGUCAGUACUGGACCACAGUCCUUUAACAACUCGGUAGUAUUGACAGCACUGGAACCUAAAGAUUCGACUACAAAGUACAAAACUGAGCACGUUAACGUGUUUUCAAGCAGAGUUUGCGCGCUUUCGAUAAUCAAUUAUCGCAGCUGGAAAGAAUAAGUAGUCUUAAGAGUUUUUGAGGUCUUGCUUGCUUGAAGUUUCAAGGUCGCGCUCCUUCGUUAGUAGGGUUCUUAAGAACAAUGACAUUGAACCAUAACUCUGCGCGCACGUCAGGCUUUUUUGUUCAUUACUUUGCCGUUGUUGGACGUCUACGACGUAAAGCGUUUGCUAACGUUCUAAUUUCACAUUUUAUGAAGGACGUCAACACAAGAAAAUGAUUACUGGUAUGUUUAGAUACAGUCCUUUGAUAUUAUACUAUUAAUGAUCAACGCCCACAUAGAUGCAGCUGAGAAGUGCACGCGUAAGCGUAAAAGAGUGAAAAAACUAGUGCCCUGAAAGGAAGAACUUGUCAAGGAGAAAAGGAGCGUAUUGAAGAAAGCCUAUUUGAAAAAUAAGCACAUCGCCAACUAUGACAAUUCGUACCAUCUAAAACAACUAGCCUGCGAGUAGGCGCACUUUUGCGUAUUUCCUCCUAAUUUGCCCGGGUGAGCCUGCUUGCAGGCUAAAAACAAGCGAAGGAGGAACUUCAAACUGCAUAUGGCCAAGGUCAAGCGGAAUAUCUGGUGGAAGAAAUUCGCCGAGAUUGAAAACUCUGCCGCUUAGCAUCAGGCAAAAAGAGCCUGGGACACCGCCAAUGAGAUAACGGGAAGGAACUCGUAAGUUCUGGGCGUCUUAAAGGGGAGACAGCUGAAGUGAAAUGGAAGGUUCCUUUUUCCACACCGUUGGACCAGCCAGUGUUCGGUGAACAGAAAAACUCUUCGACAUUAUGAAGGCUUGCGGCAUUGUAGAUCAAACUGUCUCGGCUAUGGCGUCGAUGUACAUGCAAUAACACUGAGGCAAAAGUUCCUUUACCUGAGGGGGGAACUUAUUUCUUUACUAUAUGGGCCGGACUGCUACAGGACGACACGUGGGCUCCGUUCCUGUUCAUCAUAACUUUAGUCUAUGCAAUGAGAUCCGCAAUUGAAGACUAUGAAGAACUUGGAUUCACAAUGACUGACACAGAUUUAGCUGAUGACAUUGCAUUGAUUUCAGACAACUUAGAUAAAUCCCAAUUACUGUUAGAGCGAGAUGAACCUGCUGCUACAGAGGUUGGUCUUUAUAUAAACAGCAUCAAGACCGAAUACAUGGCAUGUACUCUACGACAACAGGGCGACCUUGCUACCCUAGACAAUUCAAAAAUGAAACAGGUGGACGACUUCCCGUACCUAGGCGCUUGAUUAGAUCCAACGAAGAAUUGAAAGACCUUGAGAUCCGUAAAGCAAAAGCAUGGACCGCUCAACAAGCUAACAGUGGUGUGGAAAUCCAACCUCAGCAGAGAUCUGAACAUACGUUUCUUUAAAGCUUCAUUUGAAUCUGUUCUAUUGUACAGUUCAGAGAGUUUGACAUUGAUAAUUGCAUUAAAAUAACAGCUUGAUGGCUGCUACACAGAGCACCUACGUGUUACCCUAAACGAAAGCUGGAAAGAUUAUUAUAUCUAACAAGGAGCUCAACGGCGACCUGCUUCGUAGCCGUGCAGUGAUGGCAAAAAAUGGACCAAAAAGUAUGGUGCACAAGCAGAGUUGUGUUUGCUUUUAAAACCUCUGGCUUUAGACGUUCGCGUUGCCGUUGUUUUUGCCCUUGUACUUGCUUACGCUUCCUAAUAUCGAAUGUAGGACCCCUUCGUUGUCCUCUCAUCUCAUGCCACGUUUUUCCUUUUAGGUACGUUACACUGUCAUCGAUAAGGUCUCUAAAAUUCCGAUCUCAACUUUGUCGGACUUCAAUCAAGUGGCAACAAUGAUAGCCGCAGCCGGAGAGGUCAAGCAGCAAGUUAACUCAACUGCACAGGUAAAUAUCACCUUUAAUCAUAACUAUAACAAAAUUCUCAAAUGUGAUUGGCUAUCAACUGUCCUGAUUUCAGCACUAAUAGGACAGUGUAAUAGGAAAGUACGCGUCAUGCCUGUAAUUGGACAGUCCACGCGGUCGUAUGCGUGGGCUUAAAUGGAUCUUUUUCACUGCUAGCAAAACAACUCUCGGAAUUUCUCGUGUUUUAAUUAGAAAAAAGCCUACAAUAUCACAAAUUUUGUUAUAACUAUGAUUAAUUGGUAACAGAACUUCAUGUCGUCCAAUUCAGUCUGUAAUCAUACUCGUGAUUAAAGAAAUCAAACUCCCGCGUUUAUUACUAGUACGAUUACAGACCUUAUACUACUACAUUACAAAUUUCUGCAAUUUAAUUGGCUUAGAGCAGUGGUAUUUUAGCUCAGUUUGAAAUACCUAGGUGUGAAAAUUACAAACCUUUUGUGGGUAACUGUAUAAACAAAUAACAGCAUGAUUUGUACGUGAUAUUUGGCAUAAAUUCCACUCAUGAUAUUUCAAAAUUAUCUCAAAUUACGUACAACAAUUUCGAAAUAUCGCUAGUGGAAUUUAUGCCAAAUAUCACUGCAAAUCAUGCUGUUACCUGUACGAAUUGGACCCCACUCAGUCCCAAUACCAUUAUUAACUUUGAGUAGAAAAUGGGUAGAGGUGGCAAGUUUGAAGUUUUAGUUCAAUAUGGCAUCAUAUCGAAUGGUCCUGCUGUUUUUAAUUGGCAAAACAAAACAAUUACCACCUGGAUUCGUUUGUGGCGGCUUAAAAACUACACGUUUUCCUUAUUCCACGGCGUUAUUACACUUUAUUAUUAAUGUUGUUGGUGUGUUACAAUAUGAAGACCACCUUGCAAUUGGUUAACGUUACUGUCGUCAUUCACCACUAUCAAGAAGGCCUCUAACGCCUGUGCUUAUGAUGUCAACGGACAGAGCAUGCGCCGUUACCAUUUACUACCUUCGAUAACUACUCCUAUUAUUUGCUGUCGACGCUGCAAUGAGAAUAGGUGUGCGUGGUAUAAUAUCAGAAACUCAUAAGGGUUGAAAGGUGUAACUAUCAUUUUUGCUUUGUCCGAUGCUCCUGAUUAUUCAUUUUCGAAAGUACCAUAUUUGGAACGAGAAGAAAAGAAAAUAACUGACAGGAGCCCAUCAGAUGUAACUGACCAAUCGUACUUCGUAAACGACGUCACGUAAUUUUACUUCAGAGUUCCCGCGCCCGCUUAAAAAAAUGGCCGACAAACGGGGGAAAAACUCCCGAAAGCCGAGUAAGCUUUCAAAGGGUGAAACCAGGGAAUACUGAGUAGGAAAUUGGUUUAACACCCGGCCAAACCUAACAUAAUGAAACCCACUGACGACCGCGCGACUUCUUGAAACUGUCACUUCAAAAAAUGAUACGUCGGUGACCCUCUGCGCAGUAAACUUACACUGCAAAUAGCCGUUUAAAAUUCUCAUAUUGAAAGUGUAGAAUAACCAGUAAAACAUAUUAUUUUCAAUUAAAAUUCUUUCGCUGCGUAUCGAAAAUUGUCCAAAAACUGAGCCCGAAAGUAAAAAUUGUAUAGAAUUCGCCGACAUCUUCGCAAAAGUGAUGCGUGUAAUGUGAGAAUUAAGCUUGGAUGCUGUAGUAUCACGAUUGUGUUUUGAACUAAUUUUAUGAAUGAACAAACUGAAAAAACAAUAGAGAAGCCGUUUCUUAAAAAUUUUUAUUUAAAAUCCAAAAAGUUAAUCCUUUAAAGCAAUUCGCGUAACACUAUCUGGAACGUGAAUCCGCAUCGGCUGAGCACAUGGCAAAAUCCAACACAAAAUCCAUCUCAAAUCGGGGCGCAUUUUGUAAUUUUUCUUUAGCGCCGAACAAAAAAUGUAUAAAACGUCUACGAAUUAUUUAUAAAUACAUAAAUUGCCUUUUAAAAACGUCAUUUUCUUGCUCACAGAGUGCAAAAUGUACCUGAAAAUUCAGCAAAAACUUCGCUGCUUUGGUUGCAUUUCGAAACAGACCAUGCGUUCCGUCGUGAAGAAAACAAGGUUGAAUUCCUCAAAGGACGAUUUCUUGAUGAAAAGCUUCCCUUCCUCCACAGAAAGAAAACUGAGAAUUCUUUUGAACUUUCUCUUUCCAUUUUUUGUCCAUUAACUUUGUAUUUUAACCUUGAAAUGCAGAACUCUGAUUAUGUCCGGCUGCUCCUUGGUUUAAAGCUGAGAUCAAUGUGGAAAAGCGCAAACGCAGAAAGUUGGAGAGGCGCUGGCGUACCUCUCGUUUGACUGUUGAUCGCCAUGCAUAUGUUAAUCACUGCACAACUGUGAAUGAUUUAAUUCACCAGUCGAAGAUGGAACAUUUUUCUCAUCUGGUCGCUGAUCAUCAGUCAGACCCUAAAAAAUUGUUUGCUACAGUUGACAAGUUUUUACAUUUAUCGGGCGAGAUAAAGAUAGCUUCCCUAUUGUGACAACUCGCAGGUACUCGGUGAAAAAUUGAUCAUUUUACAGAGAAGAUCUCCAAAAUCAGGCCUGGUGUUGAUUCUGGGAUGAGCCAAUUAAAUGACUAGGAUUUGUCCACUCACAACAUCUCUAAAGUCUCUUGCUCAGACCUGAGUAAUCAACCCGUUUCAUCUGAUGUGCUUUCAAGCAUUAUUUUCUCGACGAUGUGAUCUCGACUCUUCCUGCCUCAGCUUUAAAAGCAACUGUUGACAUUUUGAUACCAAAUUAUCACUAAAAAUUGUUAAUUUGUCACUCGACCAAGCUCUUUUCCCACAUGUCUUGAAAGAAACCGUCGUGAAGCCCCUACUUAAGUCUCCGAGCUUAGACCCAGAACAAUUUCCGAAUUAUCGUCCAGUUUCAAAUCUUAUGUUCAUCUAAAUUAUGUGGAAGGGUAGUAGCUGUUCAACUGACCAAUUAUCUUACUGAUAAUUCCCCGAUGGAACAGUUCCAGUCCGCUUAUAAACCUAGUCACAGUACUGAAUCAGCACUUUUAAAGGUUCAAGAUGAUAUUUUGCAAGUCAUUGACAAUGAUCAGUGUCUGAUAUUACUGCUCCUCGACCUCUCAGCAGCGUUUGAUACGGUUGAUCAUCGCAUUUCGCUUGCUAGCCUCACCGACCGAUUUGGCAUAGAUGGAAAGGCUCGUGACUGGUUCAAGUCAUAUCUUAGUGGGCGAAUGCAGUUCGUUGCUAUCUGCAGUGCUCGCUCAUUUGGUCUGCCAUUGAAUUGCGGCGUUCCCCAGGGAUCUGUUUUGGGUCCGAUAUUAUACCUGCUUUACGUCGACCCAUUGGGUGACAUGAUGAGGCAUCACAACGUGUCUUUUCACUUUUAUGCUGAUGACACUCAGCUUUAUGUAUCAUUUAAGUCGUCUAUUUCGGGUGAUCUUUCCAGGGCACGCUAUACGUUGGAAGCCUGUGUUGUGUUAUGUAAUAAACUUAAACUUAAUGGCGAUAAGACGGAGAUGCUGAUUUUCCAUGCUAAGCACCGUCCUGCUUCCUUCUUUGAUCAAGUUCAAGCAGCCAGAACAUCUGUCACCUCUUCCGCUUCUUCAAAGAAUAUUGGAAUUGUUCUCGACUCAACGCUUUCGCUUAACCAACACGUUACGCAAAUUUGCAAAUCCUCAUUUUAUUCUAUUAGGAACAUUUCGCGCAUCAGAAAGUUUUAAGUCUCAAGACAGCGUAGAUCGUUGUCCACGCAUUUGUUACCUCAAGCUUGAUAAUUGUAAUUCUUUGCUUUAUGGUCUCUCCAAGAACUUAUUACAGCGUCUGCAAUAUAUAUGUUUUGAAUUCUGCAGCUAGGCUUGUCACCAUGUCAAGAAAAUCAGAUCACGUUACGCCCCUGCUUUUUUAGUUACAAUGGCUGCCUAUUGAGCAGCGUAUAGAAUUUAAAGAGCUGUCUUUUACGUAUAAGGCGAUGCAAGGCUUGGCUCGUCAGUACUUAAGUGAUCUCCUAGAGCCUUACUCUCCAUUGCGUAGUUUGCGAUCUGCUUCGAAGCUGUUGCUAAAUUCGCUGUCAUUUAAUCUUAGAACUUAGAUCCUUUUCGGUUUGAGCACCAAGUCUUUGGAAUUCGCUGCCUUUUUACAUAAAAUCAAGUUCUUCUGUUCACAUUUUUAAGAAAAGACUUAAGACCUAUCUUUUUAAGAAAGCUUUUAAUUGAAUAUUUAUUUAUUUCAGUGACUGUGGAUUGUUUUCACUUUUUAGAUUUUGAGUGGUUUGUAUAGCGCAUUUGAAUGCCUGUAGAAAAGGCGCUAUAUAAAUUAUUGUUUAUUAUUUUUAUUCUUAAAAUUGAACCUGUGGAACAAGCGAUGGAAUUUUGCAAUAAAUCUGCGUGGCUGACUAAACACUGAUUGUAAUAAAAUAAAAAAGCAGCUAAAAGCGCAAAGACUACUUCCAAGUAUAACAGACCUCAAUGCUCAUUUUCUUUCCAUAAAUUAAUCUUCACUAGUAUCAUUAAUUCCUAGGCUCAUUGCAUGUCAUAGCAGCUUGAGGGCGCUGUAUUUGCCAAACUGUUUUACCCCCUUCUAUUCAAUGUAACAGGAAAUUGCCACUGAUAAGCUUGAAAACAUGGCUGAUUUUCUUUUGGGCAAAUCGAAGGAGGACAUUUCUUGGACUGACUUAAAAGAAGGAGUAGUCAACUCUAUCACUGCAAUAUCCAAUAUCAUGGAUUCAGCAUCCUACAACGCGAACUUCAGCAGGAAUGACUUAACUCAAGAAGCCGACAGAAAUAAGGUUAGCUUUUUGAAAGCCAAGAUUGCUCACAUUAAAUUGAACCGAGGGCAGAGUUAAUUUUUUUGACCUUAUAGGAGGACACUGGAAAAACGUCUACACUCCAGAUUUUUCGUGAUGUUUUUCGUGGACUCAAAUUGACGUUUAGUGGAUCAACGUCGCAACAGCUAAGAUUUAUAAAUUAUUUAAGGACUUUGACUUUACAUGGCUUACAUAAUACCAUUCUGUUUCAGCAUCUUUUGGCAAAGGUGGCCUCUACUAAAUUAAUUAGACUCACGAUUAAAGAGUGUCCUUUCAUCAAAGGGAACAAAGCCAUUUUUUAGAAAACAGGAGCUAAAUUUUCGAUCCACUCUUUUCCUUGCCACAGAGUAUACAAGUUUCUAAAAGAAAUGUGGAGCUUUUGGAUAAGGUCGCUGAAGCUGUAUCUAACAAGCUACUCCCAGAUCAAGCAGAUGUAGAAAUCAUUACCAAGUCUGCCAGAUUGUCUUGCAGAAGAGCCAGCGGCCAAAAAGCUUUCUCCGAUCCAAUUGUGGCGGGGGACGCCAGCGUCCAGUUUCCAGAAAAUGAGAAUUCAUUUGGUGAUGGAGAGAAGGUUAUACAGGUAUAAAUAAACCGUCACAAUCGAUCGUGGUUGCUUAAUGUUACAGAAACCUGACUGAGACUGCUGUCAUGCAGUUGAUCUUAAAGAGGCUAGGUCACGCUGUUUUCUAUCUUUUUGAAAGCUUUAAAACGUGUCUUCUUAUCAGUUCAAUUCUAAAAUUAUUAUGGUUUAUUAUUAUUUAAGACUAUAUUUAGGCACUGAAACUGUUUCCCAUCAUCUGUUCAGCUACGGAUUGCAAGGAUGAACUUGGAUUGAAACUUGAAAAAAAUAGAGCCGAAUUUUUCAAUUUUUUUAACAUUUAAAAAAAUUGUGUUAAAACACAAUACCUGCAAAAAUCACCCCAAAAUAUUAUAGUGAGUGUCCCCGAUGACAAUUCAGUUUUGAUAUCUUCGGCCAUAACUCUUAUCUACAGGAGCAUUUUGUGAAUGAAUAAAGACACAGAAAUGACGUCACCACAGAAUUGACUUCAACGGCAAAAUCCUUUUGACAUAGUCCCUUUAACCACAAAGUCACUUUAAGCCUUUUUAACAGACUGAUUCUAGAGCAAUCUAAUGUGGUUCACCAUGGACUCCAAUCUCGGAGGAGGGAGAAAGGGGCGAGAGAGAUAAGAUUAACCUAGAUAGUCAAAGAAUCAGACAAUUUCAUGUAACCAGAACUAACUUUUGCAUGCCCGUGCGUGAACUUGCUCGUAAGUAGAAGAUAAAAGUUAUCUUUAAGAAAGUAAUUAUUUCAGAAUAACCGCUUAUCGUGGUAACUCUGAAACGUCAAAAAACCCCCAAGUUAACUUGACUGUCAACUAGAAUGUCCUUUCUCUCUUGCAGGUAUGGGUCUUAUUGACUAACCCAUUUAGCUAUGAUGUUUCAAGCCAGGAAGUGACCACACCCAUCGUAGAUAUCAAGGUCAUAAACGUAGAAGGCGACCGUGAGGUUUUGAAUGUUACCAACCUGUCAAAGGACAUUGUCAUACAGAUCCCUUUGGAUGAUCAACAGUCUGUGUCACCACAGAAUGUUUUCUUCAAGCAAAGUGAUAAUUCAAGUAUCCAAUAUCACACAACUGAAGUCCAAAAAGUCGGCGAAGCAAUUGAAUUUUUGAUAGAACCUCUGGAAGAUCAAGUCGAAAUGACAGUUUUUAUAAAGUUUGGUAUGAGACCAACCAUCCAUGACUGGGAUUUAAGAGCAAAAUUACCGAACUAUUCUAGUUGUUCAUUUGCCAAUGAGUCGUCUCAUGACCUCCACGAAGGCAGCUGCCUCGACAGUCCUUACAGCAUCUUCCUACCAAGCACAUAUUUGACGCGUUUGGGUACAUAUCACAUUGGUGUCAAGUUCGAUGCAAUACCUGCAAAUUCAUCGGAGGCUCAGAGUCGAAAAAAGAGGGACUGUGGCGGAGGAGGAAGAUCCAAACGUUCCUGCAUUCAGUACAAGGACCCACCUCCUACUCUGCCUUCAAAUGGAAAGUUUGCUACAGUUAACCAAGGCUAUGAUAAAUCAAAACACAGCAAUUACAGCAUGGAACAGUUAGGGCUUGGCUGCAAUUUCUGGAAUCCCACAUCUAAUCAGUUUUCGGGUGCUGGAUGCAGGGUAAUCACAAAAAUUAAGUAAACAAACCUUUAGUUAAUAAGGACCCAAAUUUUUUAUCCUCAUUGUAACUCAAAAGACAUCUUUCAAAAAAGAUGUGCUCCAACUUUUUUAGUUGCGAAGCACAAUUUUCCAACAUAUUUGGCCCAGUUUUUUACCUGGUUUGGGCUGGCGUUUUUGUGUGUAUUUUUAAGCAAUCAAUUAUCCUUUGUUUAAUUCUAGACCGGCCGGAAGCGAACCUUGUCACGGACCCUGAGCUGUCGUUGCAAGCAUUUGACUUCGUUUGGUGGAGGCUUGCUGGUGAAACCAAACCCUAUCGAUUUCGGUACGGUGUGGGUUGCGUUUGCCGAUAUUCAUAACAACAUUGCUGUACUGGCUACAAUCAUUGCUUUAUUCCUGCUGUAUCUCAUAGUCAUAGUUUGGGCGCGGAGAGCUGAUUUACGGGAUCGUAAUUCGCAGGUAGUUAUCACUGAAUUUAAUCAGAAUCACAUGACAUCCUUAACCCUUUAAGCCCCAGUAUCCACAUACAGAUUCUCCAAACUGAUCUCCAUACAUCUCCUUCAAGAAUUAGUUGGGAGAAUUUGAUAAAAGAUCAUGGAAUUUUCUCUAUGAUGAUCAUUUUAUUAAUUCUCAUAACUUUAUCUCUUGACAGUGUAUGGAUGUUGUUAGGAGAAAAUUGUUGUUGGUCACUAUUGGGACUUAAAGGGUUAAGCGAUAGAUUGCCAAGUUUCCUGUUCUGGAAGUCGUAUGAAGUACCCUGUAGCUUUCAAUUCUAAAACUAAUGUUUUCAAUUUGAAAGUGCCUCCUCAGCGUUUCUUGUUCCCCUGGAGAUGAGUGGACGAUGGACACUUUAAAUGUUACACCAGUGGAAGACAUUGCCUGCUCUUUAGGUGCAAGAACGGAAGGAGAUACAAAAUGUUGUUUCGAUUCCUAUAAUGUCGUUAAUCAUCAAAGUCUUGAACUGCAGGAAUGAAUGAACCAGCAGUUCUAACUGUUUGGUAUAUUUUAUUGUAAUAUCAUUGUCCUUUUCUUUGAAUCAUAGGAGGGCGUGAUUGUCGUGGGAACGUCGUGGACUCCUUUUUCUUACGAAAUCAAAAUAUCUACUGCUAAAGCAACGAAUUCAGGCACCACGGCUAACGUAACCAUGAUUAUAACUGGAGAAAAGGGAUCCAGUGGUAUACUUCAAUUGAGCAAGCUGACGGAAGUAAAAUUCAACAGGGGUUCAGAGAUUAACUGUACCCUUCACCUUCCAAACUGGCUAGGGCAACUGCUUUACAUCCAUGUAUGGCAUGAUAAUACGGGCGACAGUCCCGCUUGGAAACUUGAUCACGUGGUCAUAAGAGAUACUAAGAUCGACGAGAAAUGGAGUUUCAUGUGCGGGGACUGGCUGGCGGUUGAAACUGAAGAAGGGAGAACGGACAAAGUGAUGUAUGUUGCGGGCAUAGACGAAAUAACUAAUUACAAGAAUUUGUUUUUGUCGAACAGUGCCGAUGGCCUCUGUGAUGAGCAUCUUUGGUUUUCAGUUGCAGCAAAGCCACCGCAAAGUAGCUUCUCUCGAGUGCAGCGCUUGUCAUGCUGUCUGUCUGUUCUCUUUUGCACGAUGAUCGCAAACGCCAUGUUUUACGACGGUGGGCGUGCUGAUACGUCUCCAGUGUUUUAUCUAGGUCCGCUGAAGAUAAGUGUACGGCAGCUUAUAAUCGGUAUCCAAAGCAGCUUGAUCAUAUUUCCUGUGAACUUGGCCAUGACUCAGCUAUUUCGUAAAACAUCCUCUUGGGAGAGUAAAGCUGUGCCAGACUCGGCGGCUGAGGAAAAACAACCGAACCGCACACCGACCAAAGCAAAACCAAAUGGCUUUAUUGAAAGAUUUACACGCAGAAAUUCGUCACUAAAAUAUCGCACAAUGGACAGUGACCCCUCAACAGAAAGCCUGUCGACUAUCUUAUCAUCUGAAAACUCGGAACGUAAUUCUCCAAAAGAACGUUUAACAACUACUAAGAGUAUACUAGACAUAAAAAACGAGGUGAUAAGCAAUCCCAAGUCCAACCCCAAGACAUGCCUCUACCGUUUAUUAUAUUACAUGGCAUGGCUGCUGUGUUUCGUUUCAGUAUUCGUUUCAGCGUUUUUCACCUUGCUGUACUCCCUGCAAUGGGGGAAAGAAAAAUCUGAGCAAUGGCUUCUUUCGUUCUUUGUCUCUUUCUUUCAAGAUGCCGUUAUCUCUCAACCAGCCAAAGUUGCCAUGUUAUCAGCGAUGGUUGCACUCUUCGUUAAGUGGUCCAUGAAGCAAAAAGAAAAGCGCAGAAGACCCUUUCUCAAUAAAACAAAAGAUCUACACGAGAAGGAAACAAGCUUUUCUACCAGCCCGGUAAGAAAGUUCAACAGGCCAUUGGACAAUUUUGCAUUUUGUGACCUAGCCUAUGAGUGGAAAAAAAGGCUGCAGUUGACUUUGUUAUGAUACAAUCCUUGGUGUUUAUUUACGUAAAUUUAACGACUUAGCAAUAGAGCGAGGCAGAAUAAUUGUCAUAUUGAUUUUGCCUCCCUCAUUGACAAGAAGGAAGACGAUUUUAGUGCAAAGGAUUAAUGCCGGAGGGUUUUUAGGCCACAUAAGGUCUCUGGCAAGGGCUUACUGGAAAGGCCCGCUUUACCUGUAGAAAGUUCACACCCUAGUAGAUAAUAAAAAUAAUCUUUUUCCAAUCGUAUCAAACAUUACUCCGACAGGUCGACGAAAACAAUACAUGCAGCGGCGAAUCUCAACCACUGCAGGAAAAAGAUCUGAAAAAAGCCAAGCUGAAGAGAAUGAAGGAGUUAAAAUCUUCACAGGUUAUGAUGGAUGUGUUGUUAUAUACUUUGUUCCUUUUCCUUUUACUGAUGGUAGCGUACGGCCAUCGAGAUCCCAUCGCGUACGAGAUGACGAAUCAUUUGGAAAAUCAAUUCUCAUUAUCAGUAAGUUGUCUGCUUUCUCAUUCACAUAUCUACAGUACUAUUUUGUAUGAAUCAAACAAAGAGUAAUGACUGUUUUUUUUUCUGAUAAAACCUUUUGAUUUCGUUGACAAAGCUCUUAAUCUAUUUGAUCACUAAAAUCAAAGUCUCAUGCAAAAAGUGCUCUUAUUUGACACCAUUUGUUUUUGACGUUUUUAAAGUAAAAUCUGUAUUUUUUUAUGUGCGUUUCGAUGGCAACGGAACCAUUGGCGGAUCCAGACCUUCAGAUAAGAGGGGGGCCGGUCAUCCAGACCCUGAGAUAUGGAGGAAGGGCAGUCUCUCGGGGGGGGGCAGCUCCCACGGGCCCCUCCCCUGGAUCCACCACUGGGAACCAAUGACAAUUAUAGCUUGAGUCGCAGUCGUAAUCUAACCUCGGUUAGUAGCGCCGAGAUCCUUGUUCUGGGCCCCUGACGGACUCAACGAAUUACCGGAAAUGCGUUUCGAAUUUCCCUUCAAGCUGAUUGGCAAAUCGACAAUGGCUUUUUUUAACAGGCCAAUCAUGGCGCGUAUACUCAAAUCCUGGUACACAGGUGGGGGACCAGAACAAAGAUUUCGGCGCUGUUCGCUGACGAACUUAAUAAGAAGUUUAAUUCCGUCUGUGGCGCAGGCUAAGACAAUUAAUGAACUCUUAAGUUUCGACACCUACUACAUGACCGAGUCCGAUGAGUUCAGUGCACUGUACCGGAAUCCCAUAACCAAGGCUGUAUCCAUUUCAAUAGGGUAUCUCUCAUGUCAAACUGUUCACUUGGAUGUGUGCAUAAAGGCUUGGGGAAUGAAGUAAGCAGCAUCCCAAUUAACUUCUAAUCUAUAGACAUAAAUAUAGCGCUAAUACUUACCCUCCCGAAGGCCAGACAUUGAUGUUCAGACUCCUAGCUUCUAUUUGUUUAUUUUAGGCUUCAAAAUAUAUAGACGUGUGGGGCUGGGCUCUAACGUCUCUUCUUCCGAUUAUUUUUGUACGUCCAUGGUAUAAUGACCAGGCUCCAUCCGCAUCCGAGGAUGGACUGAUGAGUGAUAGGUGCUCGGCUCUUGUUGGCAUGACACGGAUCAGACAGCUAAGAAUUAAGGAAGGUAAGGACCAAAAAGAAUUUUAAAUCUAAGUUUACUUAAUGAAAGAGCCAGUGCGCUUUUCUAAUACUUAUCGGUCUUCAGACUUUGUUUUUUCUUUUCUUUUCUCGACGAUUUGGAAGUCCCAUCCACUUGUGCUAAACCUUAAUAAAGACCCUUAGGUUUUAAAUAUCCUAUGCGUAGUUGACGAUAUGAAGAGAAAAUAGAGGGUCUGUGAAAAUAAAACAUCGUUUUAUUAUUGUUUGGAAAGCUGAAAUUGUUUAAAGUGUGCUCAAGGAUCAGUUACGUGAAUGAGAUAGCUUUUAACUGUAUUGUUAAUCGUAUUGGCGAAGCUUACUCGAACAAAACAGAAUCACACUGACUUAAUAUAUGUCUUUUUUAUAGAUUCUUGCGGUUAUGACAUUCCAACAGUCAAGAAGUUUCUCUUAAAUGAUUGCUAUGGGUCAUAUUCAAUGGAAGACGAAGACAUGGCUAUUUAUCAACCUGACUGGAUCCCUGUUCCUCCAAGCACACCAGCAGAAAACAUAACACAUGAGCUAUGUCCAAGGCCAUGGCGUUAUCACUCGGCCAGUGAUUUGAAAGGGGUCCCAAUGUGGGGCAAAACAACCAUGUACUCUGGGGGAGGGUAUGUUGCAGAGCUUGGCUACUACAUUUCAAAGGCGCAAGAGGUAAUUCUAGAACUCGCGCAACACAAAUGGCUUGAUCGCCGAUCUCGUGGAAUCUUCGUCGAAUUGACAGUCUAUAACGCGCAGGUAAACCUUUUCAGCGUCAUCACCCUUCUAGCUGAGGGAAUGCCGACAGGAGGUGUAGUUACCUUCCGUAGGAUUGACACCAUACGUGUCUACAGGUACCUGGGAGAACUCGGUAAUGUGACAUUGGCCGCCGAGCUUAUCAUCUGUCUUGUGAUUAUAUUUUUUCUUUACAAAGUUGUCAAGCGGCUAUACCAUCAAAGACUGUCAUAUUUCACAAAAUUCUGGAAUCUCGUUGAUCUUUUUCAAGUCUUGUUCGCGUUAGUGUCCGUCGCUCUGUAUUUUGUUAAGAUGGUAAGCAUCAACGAAACUAUGAAAGAUCUCAGCGAGAAUCCAUUUGUUUUCGUCAGUUUCUCCAUGCUGCUAACGUGGAGCGAGAUUGAUACCUACAUGAUAGCAUUUGUUGUCUUUCUCACAACAAUCAAGUUUCUAUACCUUUUGAGGUACAACAACCACAUCAAACUACUCAGUCGAACGUUUUCUAACGUGCGCAAGGAAAUUAUUCUAUUCACAUUGCAAUUUAUGUUGUGGUUUCUUCCUUUCGUGCUUAUGGCUCACAUAUGGUUCAGUGCUCAUUUAGAGGAUUUUAUUUCUCUGCCGUCUUCAUUUCAAGCCAUGCUUAACGCCAUUUUAGGAGCAUCCUACUUUCACGACCUAGAGCAGGUGAAUCGGGUCCUUGGCCCUACCCUCUUUCUCACUUACAGUGUUCUCAUGGAACUCAUCCUUCUAAACAUGUUUGUGUCCAUAAUAAACGCUGCUUUUGAGGACAGAGAAUCCACGAUGAUAGAUUCUGAGACGGACCCUGAACUAGUAGAGUUCUUAAUGAAGAAGUUCAAAGAUUUAUUCGGGUUUAACCUGCUGGCUAAUACUAUCGGUCCUCAAGAAAAAUGGACGGUGGACGAUUCCAGCGACGAAGACAACUUGUUUAGAGCAGAAUACAAGAAAAAUGGAUUGGAUAACACUUUCAAAGAGCUUAACAAGAAAUUGACAUCGUUACGGGACAGAUUCAGGACUUUCUCACUUACGGAGGCAGAAGAAGAUAUGCUUUUAGAAAUAAUAAUAAAGAGGGAACAUGACAGUUUACGAUCUCUAUCGUGUGAAGACUCGGGUACGUCGGAGUCGCCGACUUCCAGUCCAAAGUAA